AUGGGAAAACAAAAAGAAAGAUCUGAUCAAACCAAGCAUGCUUAAAGUGAAAUGAUUUUAUGUAUUUAUUUAAAAGUGACUAUUUACAUCUUACAUUAAUUUGAAAUAGGAUUUCAAUUUUAUAAAAGUUCCUAAUCUAAAAUAAAUUCUUAAAUAGCUGAAAUUAUCGUAAGUUGUGAGAAUCAUAACCACAAAAACUAAAAAAAUAAAAUCUGA